AUGCUUAACCGCAAAAUCAAAGUCACAAUGGUAGCUGAACUCCCGUAUAUCAUCUGCGAGAAAAUCACGGAAGCCCGCAGAGACCUCUCCGUGCUCGAACAAUGGGUGGAUGAUCUGGAGGCUGACCGACUGCAUACGACCCAAUACCAACAGGCCUCCGAUCUGGCUACAACAUG